UUGGUUUAUUGGCAAACUGGCAUAAGCAAAAAUUUAGUUCAAUGGUAAAAAAUAUAUUAUACUGCGUUUUCCCAAAACACAUCGAACAGGAAAACUUUUUGGCAGAAAAUUUAAUUUUUAACGAAUAGUGUACAAUUGAAUGUAUGAUGCGAAUAUAAAAUAGAGACAAGAGCCUUAAGUCAGUGACGGCACAAAAUUAAGCUUCAUUGCUUUUUAUUACCCAAGACGAGGCGAUGUCGCUGUUGCUUUUAUUAUUCGUGGUCUCUACAGCGUCCGGCGAUGGAACGCCUAGAAACGAGGCGAUGUCGCCGUUGCUUUUGUUAUUCGUGAUCUCUACAGCAUCCGGCGACGGUGCGUCCAGAAGCAGUUCCCAGCAAUACCUUACUUUGAAAGCCGCAAAGUCUGCUGGCGUGAAGGAAGAGCCAGCGUUUGAAAUAGUGGACCUGUACCCACUCAACCACUAUCCAAAAGUUGUGAAUAAUUCUGUAAGCAACAUUACCGGCCAGAUCGGCUCGUCCGUCUUCCUGCCUUGCCGCACACAGCAUUCACUGGAGAGACAGGUGUCAUGGGUAAGGAGGCGUGACUGGCACAUUCUCACGUCAGGACUCACGUCCUACACGAAGGAGCGUCGGUUCAGUGUGCACCAUCCCGAGGGUAGCACCGAGUGGACGCUGGCCGUCAAGUACCUCACGCUGGAUGAUGCCGGUACCUACGAGUGCCAGAUAUCAGGAGGUGCAGGCAUGGUAUCGCAGUUGUCUAUACUGACUGUGGUGGUACCACAGGCUGUGAUACCAGGAAAUGGCGAGUACCACGUUGACACUGGUUCUACCAUCUCCCUCACUUGCUUCAUCGAGAAGAGUACGGUAGCACCGCAGUACAUUUUCUGGUACCACAACUCGCGCAUGAUCAACUACGACCAGGAGCGCGGUGGCGUGGUCGUUCACAUGGAAACGGAGCCUCGCGUCAUGUCGCGUCUCACCAUCGCCGACGCCCGACCCUCAGACUCCGGCAACUACACAUGCGACGCAGAAAACACAGAAGCUGCCAGUAUCACUGUAUACAUCACUCAAGGCAACAAAAUUGCUGCGAUUCAGCCCAGGGACGUGAAUCACUGCUCGCUCCUCCAGAGUUCAGCUGGACUAGUUUUUGUAACCGCACUUUUUGAAAAUUUGUUUUUCAAGAUUUUUAUCCGCAGACGUUUCAUAAAUAUCCCAAGCUUGAUACCUCAGCCUGGUUAGAUUGAACACGCUUCUAUUGCCCAACUGCAUUUAUAUAUUUCGGAUGGCAGAGAUUCUUGGUGAAUAUUUUAGAUGUGGAUGGUAAAUUUUGUAAGAUGUCAUACUACAAUUUCCAAAUUUAUAUUUUGCAAACUAUAUAAUGAAGUUUUGGAGGGUGAAUGUAAUUCGAUGUCCCUUGUUUGAUUUUUGAUUUUCUCAAAUUUCUACGCUGAUGAUUCAACGAAGCAAGAUAGCGAAUAUUCAGAUCGUGAAUAGAUAUGUAAAAUCUGUUAAGUUUAUUUUUUAUUGAUAUUUAAACUGAAAUUGAUUACAUACAUCCAUAAUGGUGAUAACUUUUUUACCUGAAUAAAGUUCUUCAUUCAUGCACUCUACUGAAAAAAUUAGUAAAAGUUAUGUGAAAGUUACACGAGUGAAACGAAUGCAGGAAAAAUCAUUUAUGUCGUUCUAACUUCUGUUUGCUUUUGAUUUUGGGUCUUUGUCUUCGGAUGACAAGUUUAACUUCUCUGCGUGUAAACUUUCAAUGUCUUACGUGACUUCUACACCACUUAGAGUUAAGUAGAUUAAGAUAUGGUAAAAAUUGAGCGUAUUGUCUUCUAUA